GUGAACGAAUUUGGGGGCGAGAGUAGUUGUAGAGACUAGCCGCCGGAACAACACAUUGCAAAUCUAAGAGAGAAUGAAUCAGAUUAAGAUAGGGUUGGGUGGGAGUGGUUGCGCAUGGCGGAGGAGCAUGUCGACGGUGUCGAAUGCCGUCGCGGAAAUUAUGGGCGUGGGCAAGACCAAGACCCGGAAAUCUUCUAGUGAGCUCUGCAACUUCCUCGGUAUCCCUCAUCAAUCUCGUUCCGAAACUGCUUUGAUCAUCUCCAAGUUUAUCAAACUCUACAAUUUAAAGAGUCCUGGUAUUAAAAAGGAUAAGCUUUGGGAGCAGAAUUUGCAAACACUGUUACGUGGCAAAAGCAGCAUUGGUUUUCCUGAGGUUGCAAGAAUCCUGUCUCCAGAAUUCAGCCAGGGUGCGAUUAAUAUCAGAGAUAAUAAGAUGGAUUCUUUCACGGAUAACACAAAACCAAAGGGGAAAGCCGUACAAAAGAAAGGGAAGUCAAAAAAGAAGUAGGGCUUGUAUAUGGUUUUCCUCUCUUCUAGGACCCAAGUUUAUUUCAAACUUUCUGUGUUUGCUUAAUCUGCACGAUAAUAUUAUGAGAGAAUUCCAAUGACAAAACUAGAGUUUGACAACUAGUUUGGCUAUUGUGUUGUUGUCCUUCAAAAUAAAUAGCAUUCCUCUCUCUACUCUUCUUUUAGCAUGCUCGUUAGGCUUAAUCCAACAGAGAGAUGGUUUAUUGCUUCCAUAUUUUUUUGAAUCUAUGGUAUUGGUAUGGCAAAUAUUGAAUU